CACUUUCCGCACGAGGGUCCGCUGCCGCAGGAAUUCAAAAAGACACAGGGUGCCGACGAGGAGCGCGUUGAUGUGCAUAAUAUACAAGACAUACUCCAUCAGUUGCAAUUGGGCGGUGGUCCAAGUAAAGUGCCCCCAAUGGUUAUGAUGUCCACCGGACUGCAUAUCGCGGGCACUUUCAAGAAUCUCAAAUCCAGCGGCAUCGCCAACUUCUUUCGUGGCAAACGCAACAAAAAGCAAAUGCAAUUCACCAUACCCAUGCCAAUGCCAAUGAAUAUGCAAAUGUUGAAACCCUUCCCGGCGCCUAUGGUGGGUAUGAUGCCACAUGCGGCGGCCUAUCAACAGCGCAUUGCUAUGGAUCAGAUAUAUCCGUUUAAACCACGAUCGCCGAAUGACGUAAAUCUGCUGGCAUUGCAGCAACAAUUGCAAGGGAAUCGCUCGAAGAACAAGAAGAAGAACAAGCAGAAACAGUUGAACCCCAACGCGAAUCUAAUGCUACAACAAUUCAGCAAUCAACGACCAUUCGCCACAGAACCCUACAUGGCGAGCUAUCAGCCAAUGUUGGAUAUCGGUGAGGCGCAGAAAGGGAAAAUGACACGCGUGCCUUUCAAAGUCAAUCUAGACAUCUAUCCAGUAAUACCGCCUGCAAAAGACUUCAAGCCGGCUGCCUUCACUUAUGAUGAAGUCAAGCUUGCCUCGUCUACACGCAGACCUCAUUUAGUACGCAAUCCCUUUCUCGACUACUACCACAUGCCAGUGAUUCCGUCCACCGCCGCCUAUGGCUUCCAUAAUGCAUACGAUCAACCGGCUUUCAUGCCUUUCCGCUUUCCUUCGUCAUCCGCGCAGCCCCAACUACAACCGCAUAUGUCGCAGUCGAGUAAUAUGCAAUUGACCUUCCCCGACCAUGUGUCGAAAUCUCAAUUUCAAACACCUUUUAUGCCACUCGAUAUGUCCCACAUGAGUAGCGCCUCGAGUGCCAGCGCUAGCGGUCCCGGCGCCGGUGCCGGUGCCGCCGCCAAAGCCAAUCAAAAUCAAAUUUUGGUACACUUAAAUGUUUUCCCAAAACAAAAACAACAGGCACUCGCAGUGCCGACAUCGAAUAAUCCCUUCUAUAAUGCGGGUCAAAAUAUAAAUCGUCACAUUAUCAUGGAGGAACGCGAGUCGCUGUCGCCCAUUGAGCCGCGUCAUCAAGCACGCAACUCCAAUUCUAAUUCCAAUUCGACUAAUUCGCCAGAACAACCAGUUUCGCGUAGCGACAGCUCAGAUCCGGAAGGUCUGGUCGAUUUUGAACAUCCUAUAGUGGCUGCGGAAGUUACAGAUCAGCCACAUGCGGCUGCUUUGGUAAGCAAUAAAUUGGAUGGGGCGGAGAACUCUACGCAUUACGAACGCUUUGAGGGACGCAGUCGAUUUCAGCGAUACAACGAGUCAGCGGAUGUUGAUCAAAUGGCAUCGGAGGCCCAGGCAGCUUCGCUCUUUCGUUUCCCAGUGGAAGACCUAAUCAAAUUUCAAGUAGACGAUGCGUUGUAG